AAAACAGAAAAAGGACAAUCCACAUUUAAAGCUUUGCAAACAUCAUGUUAACAUUGAAGCAGAAAUAGAUGACACAAGUCAAUAUUUAUUACAUAACUUUCCUGCAGUUAUUAUUAGAAACGCUUUCCCAUCAUCUGAUAUUAUAUUCGAAGAAACAGAUGGUUAUCUUUCAAAUGAAAGUGUUAAUAGCCAGCAUCAUCAAUCCCACCAGGACGAUAUCCAGAGAAAUACUAGUUCAGAUGACUACGAGAAUGAUAAUAAUGCUAGCAAGAUAAUUCAGGAAAAUGAUAGUCAAGAUGAUGUUCAAG